AUGACUUCCAAUAUUUGUCUCCACAUGUUCUAUUAUAUCACAAGCCUUCACAUCAUUUCUACAUUGGCUCACUCUGAUAAUUAUAUCAUUCACGUGAAUUUAUCAGCUAUGCCAACAAUAUUCUUAAAUCAACAUAGUUGGUAUGAAUCCACUCUUUCUCAAGUUACUCCUACCAAUAAUAAUAUCAAGUCUACAUCUUCUAAAAUCAUUUAUACAUACAACAAUGUUAUGAAUGGUUUUAGUGCAAAUCUAUCACCUAAAGAGCAUGAAGCUCUCAAAAUCUCCCCUGGUUACAUUUCAUCAAUACCAGAUUUAUCCUUGAAGCUUGACACAACACACUCACCUAAAUUCCUUGGUCUUAAUCCCUACAAAGGGGCAUGGCCAGCCUCUAAUUUUGGCAAAGAUGUCCUUGUCGGGGUGGUUGAUAGUGGUGUUUGGCCAGAAAGUGAAAGUUUCAAUGAUAAGGGAAUGACUAAAAUUCCUUCAAAAUGGAAAGGUCAAUUAUGUCAAUUUGAAAAUACCAACAAUUCAUCUUUGUGUAAUAAGAAACUCAUUGGAGCCAGGUACUUUAACAAAGGAUUCUUGGCGAAAUAUUCAAACAUUACUAGAACAAUUGUUAACACGACACGUGACACAUUUGGUCAUGGGACCCACACUUCAUCAAUAGCAGCUGGAAGUAGAGUAAAUGGUGCAUCUUUCUUUGGUUUAGGAAAUGGAACUGCAACGGGAAUAGCUUCAUUGUCUAGAGUAGCCAUAUACAAGGUUGUGUGGGGAACAAGUGAAGUUAUGUUUGUAUCUGAUAUAAUAGCUGCAAUUGAAGCCGCAAUAUCAGAUGGUGUUGAUGUUCUUUCAAUGUCAUUUAGCUAUGACAAUGUGCCUUUGUAUAAAGAUGGCAUUGCCAUAGCAACAUUUGCAGCUAUGAAAAAAGGUAUUUUUGUGUCUGCAUCAGCCGGUAACGACGGACCUUCCUUUAAUACUAUGAGCAAUGGAAUACCAUGGGUGACAACUGUUGCUGCUAGUACUUUAGAUCGCGAAUUUCAUGGAAAUCUUACACUUGGGAAUGGAGUCUCAGUCACUGGAAUCUCUUGUUAUCCUGGUAAAUUCUCCACUAGCAAUUUUCCAAUUGUUUUCAUGGGUAUGUGUGACAAUGUUAAAAAACUAAUCAAAGUAAAGAGCAAGAUUGUGGUUUGUGAAUUUAACAAUGGAACUUCUGCUAAUCUUGUCAAACCAAUUCAGAAUUUAAUUGCAGCAAAAGUUGUUGGAAGUGUUCUCUUAACAAACACAUUACAAUUUGAUGAAUGUUCAUUGUCAAGUGCGAUCCCAUUCCCAUCUAUCAUUAUUAACCCCAAAAAUGGAGAGAUUGUAAAAGAUUUCAUCAAGAGAACCUCUUACUCAAGUUCAAUAGCAAAAAUGUCUUUCAAGAUAACAUCUUUUGAUGUUAGACCGGCGCCUACUGUGGAUUUUUAUAGUUCAAGAGGACCUUCAAAGAAUUGUCCAUAUGUUUUGAAACCCGACAUUGCAGGUCCUGGUACAUCAAUCUUAGCAGCAUGGCCCACAAAUAUUCCUGUGUUGGAUUUUGUAUCUUAUAAAUUCUUCAAUAAGUUUAAUAUUUUAUCCGGAACAUCUAUGUCAUGCCCUCAUAUUGCUGGCGUUGCGGCGCUUUUAAAAGGUGCGCACGAUGAUUGGAGCCCUGCAGCCAUUCGGUCGGCAAUAAUGACAACAUCAGACAUAUUUGAUAAUACUAAUGAACACAUCAAAGACAUUGGAACAGGUAACAAAGCAACACCUCUUGCAUUGGGAGCUGGUCAUGUUAAUCCUAAUAGAGCACUUGACCCUGGUCUUAUUUAUGAUGCUGGUGUACAAGAUUAUGUUAAUCUUCUUUGUGCACUUAACUUCACACAAAAACACAUCACUACCAUUACAAGAUCAUCUGUUAAUGAUUGCUCUAAACCUUCAUUAGAUCUCAAUUACCCUUCUUUUAUUGCUUUUUUCAAUUCUGGAAAUUCCUCAAAGACAACCCAACAUUUUCAUAGAACAGUUACUAAUGUUGGCGAAGGACAAACAACGUAUGUUGCUAGCAUUACACCAAUUAAAAGGUUUCGUAUCAACGUUAUACCAAAUAAGUUGGUGUUCAAGAAGAAGAAUCAGAAGAUAAGCUACAGGUUGAGCAUUGAAGGUCCGAGAAUGAUACAAAAGAAUAAAAUAUCUUUUGGAUAUCUUACUUGGAAGGAUGAGAAACAUGUAGCCAGGAGUCCUAUUGUUGUAACCACCCCUAGUUUCAAUUUGUAG